UCUUAUUUGACCUAGAGGAAACCAGUGCACUGAUGCUGUCAUAUUGUUGAUAUAGAUUUGUAUGGAUGUGUUAGAUAUUCUGCUGCCAUGCUUAGUAACCUCUGGCUUGAAUUUGUGCAUCAACUUUGGUGCUAUCCUGAGGGCCUUUGUUAAGUGUCCCAAAACACUCAAUUUUUUUCUUUCUUUGCUUCUCUCUUUUGUGUUCUUUUUGGGACAUGAACACUGAGUUUCAGUAGUCUUCUGGAAGCACCAAGCCAUAGAAUGUGUUUCUUAACGCAUCAAGAAAGGGCAUUUUCCGAGUUACAGAUCAAUAAUGGCGAGGCUUAGAUUCAUCAUUCUUUUCUCAUUCUUGCACAGCCAUCUGAGAUGUGCAACUAGAGCAUGCUAAGUUUUGGUGAACUUUAUUUUUUUCUUCUUUUUCUUUGAAGCUUCUAAAGCAUACAUAUCUAGAUUAUAAUUAAAACCAUCAGUUCAGCUAUUACGGACCCAGCACCAAAUAUCCACCAAGAUCUUUAAACAUUACCUGCAUGAAAAUCUUGCUUCUUAACUACUUUAUUUUCUAUGCAAGUAUUAGGUCUCACAUGGAUAUGUAAUUAUAUCACCUUUGCUUUCAUUAGGCCUUUUUUAAUGUCUUAAGCAUGCAAUAUUGUUGUAUAUAUAUAUAUCAGCAAUAGCACUCUCUUUUUGCUUCAUUACAAUUUGAGGAAGCUCUAAUACUAGCUUUUCUAGAUUCUGCAAGUUAAUCACCAUCGUCUUUGUUAAUUAAGAAGUGAAGGCAUGGGAAGUGAAGCAGGUCUAUCAAAGAUGGCCAACCCUGGCAAAGCUACAAUUCUGGCUCUUGGCAAGGCAUUUCCUCACCAGCUUGUGAUGCAGGAGUUUCUGGUUGAUGGGUAUUUCAAAAACACCAAUUGCGAUGAUCCAGAGCUCAAGCAGAAGCUAACUAGACUCUGCAAGACAACAACCGUCAAAACAAGGUAUGUAGUUAUGUCGGAGGAAAUACUGGAAAAGUACCCGGAACUUGCAGUUGAAGGCCUCCCCACUCUGAAGCAGCGAUUAGAUAUCUGUAAUGAAGCUGUAACAAAAAUGGCUAUCGAAGCUUCACAGAAAUGUAUAAAAAACUGGGGCAGGCCUAUAUCAGACAUAACUCACUUAGUGUAUGUUUCUUCAAGUGAAGCUAGGCUACCCGGUGGUGAUCUUCACCUUGCAAGAGGACUAGGACUCAGCCCUGAAACACAGCGUGUCACGCUCUACUUCAUGGGCUGCUCUGGAGGCGUGAGCGGUCUCCGCAUUGCAAAAGAUAUUGCUGAAAACAAUCCUGGAAGCAGAGUUUUGCUUGCUACUUCUGAAACUACAAUAAUUGGAUUCAAACCACCAAGUGCAGAUAGACCAUAUGAUCUAGUUGGGGUUGCAUUGUUUGGUGAUGGUGCUGGAGCAAUGAUAAUAGGAACAGACCCAGUUUCAAAGACCGAGAGUCCACUCUUUGAACUUCACACAGCAAUUCAGAACUUCUUGCCUGAUACUGAAAAGAUUAUUGAUGGCAGGCUAACAGAAGAGGGGAUCAGCUUUAAGCUAGCUAGGGAGCUACCUCAUAUAAUUGAAGAUAAUAUAGAGGGAUUCUGUCAGAAACUAAUGGGAGUUGCUGGACUAACUGAUAAAGAUUAUAAUAAGUUGUUUUGGGCAGUUCAUCCCGGUGGUCCUGCAAUAUUGAAUAGGAUGGAGAAACGGCUUGAUUUGUUCCCAGAGAAAUUAAAUGCUAGUAGAAGAGCUCUGAUGGAUUAUGGCAAUGCAAGCAGUAAUACCAUUGUAUAUGUGCUGGAAUACAUGAUUGAAGAGAGCUUGAAGAUGAAGGAGGACAAUGUGAAUAAUGAAUGGGGCUUGAUACUUGCUUUUGGACCUGGAAUUACCUUUGAGGGAAUUUUAGCCAGGAACCUCACUGUCUAGAUAUAAUUCAGCGUCUUCUAUAAUGACUCGAGUCUUCAGUUAUUAUUGUAUCAGAAAAAUCUUAACUUUGCAUUUCUUCAAGGCUAAAGAAAGUCUUUUAUGGAAUUUGAUAAUUCAUUGUAUGUUUUGAGUA